CCGCGCGGGCCGGGCCGGGCGGAGCCUCCGCCGCUGCCGCCAUGGGCUGGGAGGAGGUGCAGGUCCGCGGGUACUCGGAAUUUGUGCGGACGGCGCAGAGCUACCACGGCCGGCCCAUCUUCGCGCUCUUCUGCGGCGAUAAGGACGCCGAGGGCAGGAGCUGGUGUCCCGACUGCGUGACGGCUGAGCCAAUUGUGAGGAAGGAACUUCAUAACCUGCCUGAUGGGUCAGUUUUCAUCUACUGUCUAGUAGGAGAUAGAGCCUACUGGAAGGAUCCCAACAAUGAAUUCAGGAGGAAUCUGAAACUAACAGGAGUGCCUACACUACUUAAAUACGGAACACCUCAGAAGCUGGUCGAAGAAGAAUGUUUUAAAGCAGAGCUUGUGCGUAUGUUGUUUACUGAAGACUAAAGCCCUCACUAGUCAAUCAUUGAUGAAGAUGGUAAUCUCAAUUACUGUAGUGUCCUCUCAAGGAAUCACUGACCUUAAUUGAAACUUUCAUGAUUAAUUACUUUGGACUAGCAAGAUAAAUGUCCUGAAAUUCUGGGUCCAAACUUUACACUAAAAUCUUACAACAAAAAAAUGUAUCUUUCUUUUCAUGUCCAAAUAAACUUGAGUUUGUGAAUAA